AUGACCGAAAUAGUACAAGAGAACACUCACGUCAAGGCACUUCCACCUCAAGUACUUGACAAGCUCAAGCAACUGCAAGAGUGCGAUCGCCCCGUCUCGGUCGAUGAGGUGCUGGAAGCAGCCAAUCUCAACCAUCUCACCGAGUCGAAAUCAACUGAUCUACGACCACAGGCACAAGCGUUCCCUCGGCGUCACGAUAUGGUGAAAUCCAACAGCACGACUAUCGCCGAGAGACGAAGAAUUCCCGCCUCCACCGAGAAAUUAAAGUUGUAUGCGCAGAUCAGCAACCCUCAGCAGCAGCUCCGCAUCUCCACUGCAUCCGCUAUGCUCAAUCGAUUCGAGAAAGAGAAUGCCGAGCUUUCGCCUCAAGCUUCUGAGGAGUAUUUGCUAGCUCGUCUCGAACGACAAAACGCCUUGUUGAGCGCCGAUCCAAAAUCCGUCUGCAUUGAAUCGAACCGCUUGAAGGCCGAUUUCUCAACUGUCCGUGAUCUCCUAUUGCAACAACAGCAGGACAAUGCUACUAGUACGACGACCACGACCACGGCAACUGCAGCGACCGUCGACUGGGAUUUCUGGGAAUAUCUUGUCGACGACUUUAGCGGUGCUGCUGCCAAAAUCCCACAUUUGUUGACGUCCAAGCUGAGCCGUGGCAUUCCUGACCGUGUGCGUGGUGUUGUUUGGCGUGCCAUGUCGCAGUCCUCUGCAACACACCUCGAAGCCAUCUACGACAAGCUGGUAGAGGAACACAGCGAAUCGUCUCCUUACGAACGUGUCAUUCAGCGCGACUUGUCCCGCACGUUCCCGCAGAUCGAAAUGUUCAAGGCCGACGGUGGAGAGGGUCAACAAGCCAUGGGCCGUCUCUUGCGUGCGUACAGCGUCUAUGAUGCACACGUUGGCUAUUGUCAAGGAUUGGCAUUCUUGGCUGGACCCUUGCUCAUGACUAUGCCCGAGAAGGAAGCUUUCUGCGUCUUUGUCAGAUUGAUGGAAACGUACGAUAUGCGCACCAUGUUCACCCUCAACAUGGAAGGCCUUCAUCUUCGCCUGCACCAGUUCUCUACGCUGCUUGCCCAGCUGUGCCCUGAGCUCGACAAGCACCUGGCUGAACACGGCAUCCAUCCUGCCAUGUAUGCGUCACAGUGGUUCUUGACCUUGUUUGCCUACUCGUUCCCGAUCGACCUUGUCUUGCGCAUCUACGAUCUGGUGUUCGCCGAAGGUGCUGUUGAGACCAUCACCCGUGUCGCUAUCGCAGUCAUGCAAAAGAACCAGUCCCACUUGCUGGCCAUCCACGACUUUGAAAAGCUGAUGCUCUAUCUUGCCUCGCGCAAGUUGUACGACGAUGCCUUUGCUUCGUGUGACCAAGUCAUUGAGGAUGCCAUGGCCUUGAGUACCGUCAUUACCAAGGCCAAGGUCGACAGCUUGGCUGCCCAGCAUCAAAAGGAGCUCGAGCAGGAAAAGACACGUGCUCAACAGGUGCUGGCUAUUCGAUUGCAGCAGCCAGUUACGCAGACAACCACGACCAAGCACAAGAAGCGUGAAUCGUGGUUCUCGUGGAAGUCCAGUCAACAAACGCAACAAACACAGCAACAACAGCAACAACAACAACAGCAGACUCAACAACAGCAGCAGCAGCAGCAACCUUUGUCGCCUACAUCACCCACAACGCCCACGACAAUGAUGUUCCCGAGACAACAGCAGGAUCGCAGCAUGCAGGCGUUGCAUCAGCAAAUUGAAGACUUGUUGCUGGCACUCUCGCAGCUGCAAAAGGAAAAUUCGCAACUGUCGGAGGAAAUGAUGAAUAUCCAAAUGCGCGAGCUCGAUCGUGAAGCAGACCGAACCAAAGUGGCAAAGCGCAACGCCGUGCUCGAAAAACGCGUCAAGAAGUACAAGCUCAAGUUGCAGCAGCACCAAGUUGAGGAGCCACCCAUGAGCCCCACUACUCAGAAACUGGAAGCAUUGGAACAAGAUUAUGAGUACCGCAGCUUUGUCGAUUCGUUGCGUGGUAGUGGCGAUUUUGGUGCUUUGAUCGCGGGUGCCUUGUCCUCAAAAGACCACGAGCAACAGAAACACGUUGUUCAAGAGCAGGAACAACAACAAGACCAAAAGCAACAGCAGGAUAAGAUCAAGCAGGCAUCGUCGAUGACCAUUGAAGAGGAAGACGAGGAAGAAGAAUCUGCCGCUGCUGCUGUCACGGAUAACGCAGUCAACAUUGAGCUUUUGCAAAAGUAUGAUGAAAUGUGCCAGCGCUAUGCCGCAGUCACUCAGGAACUGGAAACGACACAGCAAGUACAAGAUUCGCUGACGACCAAGACCUUGGACUUGCAAGGACAGCUCGAAACGCUGACGAUGGAGCGCGAUGGUCUUUUGGAAGAACGCGAUGCAAUCGAACAAGAGAGUUCCGAGAUGGAAGUCAAGCUUGCAGCUGCAAAGAAGACUGCAUCCGACCUGCAGGUCGAAAAGCUUGACCUGGCCAAGCAGGUAGAAGCCUUGGAAAAGCAAGUGGCAGACCUCGAAGAAGAGAAGCGCAACUACUUGAUGCCACGUGGUUCAUUUGCCGAAGAGGUCUUUGCUGCUCAUCAGACAUUGUUUGGUGCCAAAGAGGAUAACAACAACAAUAACAACAAUCGACGCCAUACGAUCCAUGGUGCUAGCUCUGAUGGCGACAGCGACGAGUACCAGGCGAAAUACAUUGAAAGCGACUUGCGUUGUCGCGAGCUAGAAAAGCUAUUGGCAGAAGCCAAGUGCAAAUUGGCCGAGUAUGAGUCGUGUCGUUUGAACGCACCGCCGCGUCGUCGAUCGACCAUGACUACAAAAACGGCGGGACGAAUGAGCAUGCCCACAUCGCCUUGCUCCAUCGAUCAACGAUACAGCUUUGCAGCCGAGCCGCGAGAAUCGACGGAUAGCUUCACAUCCACAGCUUCAAAGCGGUCGAGCAUGUACUCUCGCAUAUGGAACUCGUUCGGGUCGAAUAGCACGGCAGCCACAUCUCCAGCAUCAAGUGUAGCACACAAGAGCCCUGUCCUUGGGUCUACGAAGCCUAUCGAAGAUGUGGUGGAGGAGCCACAACAGAUCUAA